UAUUGAUAUUGACCUUUAUAUUUCAGUCGCCACCAUGAAGACCAUCAUUACUUCACAAACCGUUGACAUCCCCAUGGGGGUUGACUGCCGAGUGAAAAGAAGGGUAUGCACUGUUAAGGGACCCCGUGGUAUGCUCACGCGUUCCUUCAAGGACAUGAAAAUUGACAUGAAGGCAAUCACUUCAAAGAAGGGUAAGAUUACUGUAAAUGUGGAGAAGUGGUACGGAAACCGCAAGGAGGUAGCUGCCGUGAGGACUGUUUGCAGUCACAUUAGUAACAUGGUUACUGGUGUCACAAGGGGCUACCAAUACAAGAUGCGUGCUGUAUAUGCUCACUUCCCCAUCAACUGCGUCAUCUCCAACAGCGGGAGCACUGUUGAAAUUAGGAACUUCUUGGGUGAGAAAUACAUCCGCAAAGUGAAUAUGGAGCCCGGUGUCAGCAUUGCAGCUUCUCCCAAGCAGAAGGACGAGUUCAUUGUGGAAGGCAAUGACAUUGAGAAGGUUUCCCUGUCUGCUGCCAAAAUCCAGCAGAGCACAACUGUCAAACAUAAAGAUAUUCGUAAGUUCUUAGAUGGUAUUUAUGUAUCAGAAAAGGGCAAUGUUGAAAGUGCUGAUGAAUAAAAGAAAUGGCAGUUA